AUGACGCCAUCCUCCAUCAGCUGGCCCCAUCCGGCCCUCGACUCGGCCACCCAUCUCGUCCCCUCGGUCAAGGCCUUCUUCCCCACUCUCCUUCAUCGCGUCGAUGCCGCAAGCCUCACCUCGCUCCGCACUUACCAGCAGUACUACCAGGAUGCCGAUCCCAUGCACUCGGCCAUGGCCUUCUGCGCCAUCGUAUCGGCCUACGUGUGGAUCAUGGAGAAAAUCACGGGCAACGCGAGCCAGGUCGACGGUCUGUGGACCUUCCUCCCGCUCAUCUACUCGGCCCACUUCACCUUCCACAAGUACUUUACCUACCAGCCCGCCAAGCUCACCCUCCUCGGCGGCGUAGAGCACCCCGGUUUUUGGGACAAGGUCGAGCCCCGCCUCGCCCUCAUGUCGGCCCUCUCGCUCCUCUGGUGCAUCCGCCUCACCUACAACGCCAUCCGACGCGGCAUGUUCAAGCCGGGCGAGGAAGACUACCGCUGGCCCAUCCUCCGCGCCGGCAUGUCGAGGCCCGUGUGGGAAAUCUUUAGCUUCUUCUUCAUCGCCAUCGCACAGAACAUCCUCCUCGCCAUCACCGCGCUGCCCCAGUACCUCCUCCUCACCACCACCUCAAUCAAGCACGUCACCGAACCCGUACCGCGACCCGUCAACCGUCUCUGCCUCGGCGACUGGGUCCUCGCAGCCCUCUUUGUCGCAAACCUCGCCAUCCAGUACCGCGCAGACGAGCAGCAGUGGAACUACCAGAACUACAAGCGCGGCCUCGACCCCAAGGGAAAGCCCCUCGCCGCCUCGGCCACCGCCGUCGCAAAGGUACAGGCUUCAAAGUCGGUCAAGCCCAUCCAGGGCACCUCGUCGGCCGCCCAGGUCACCGCCAGUACCGACCAAGCCCCUGUCCGCAAGCCUACGCUCCGCUCCGAACACACCCCCUUCUCGCUCCCUGAAGACGCCGACCGUGGCUUUGUCACCCGUGGCCUCUGGGCCUGGAGCAGGCACCCCAACUUUGCAUGCGAGCAGACCACCUGGUGGAUCCUCUACCUUUUCGUCCCGCUCACCUUCCUGCCCACCGACCUCAGCCUUGCCUCGUGGCAGCACUUCCUCACCUACGGCAUCGCUUCUCCGCUCGCCAUGAAUCUCCUGUUCUAUCCUUCGGCCCGCUUCUCUGAGGCGGUGUCGGCUUCCAAGUACCCGGCUUACGCCGACUACCAGAGGCGGGUGGGAAUGUUUUUCCCCUUUGAGACGCUCGUCAAGAGCGCCUACUACAACCUCUUCGCGAGCCGCGAGGAGAAGCGCCGCGUCGAGGCCAACGUCUGGGGCCAGAGCGCCGUCAACACCAGCAAGAAGAGGCAGUAA